CGUAGGAAUCAUUGGUCAGAGAUCCAGAAGGAGGGAGUGUGGAGACUGCGUUGCAUUCUUUUUGGAGUUCUGGGCGGACAGGGAGUGAGAGAGGGCACGGGGGAGAAGCGCGCCCCUGCGGCCCUCCCCGCCGCGAGCCGUAGUCCAGUCCCAAGAUGGCGGCCACCAUGAAGAAGGCGGCUGCGGAAGAUGUCAACGUUACUUUCGAAGAUCAACAAAAGAUAAACAAAUUUGCACGGAAUACAAGUAGAAUCACAGAGCUAAAGGAAGAAAUAGAAGUAAAAAAGAAACAACUCCAAAAUUUAGAAGAUGCUUGUGAUGACAUCAUGCUUGCAGAUGACGAUUGCCUAAUGAUACCUUAUCAAAUUGGGGAUGUUUUCAUUAGCCAUUCUCAGGAAGAAACACAAGAAAUGUUAGAAGAAGCAAAGAAAAAUUUGCAAGAAGAAAUUGACGCCUUAGAAUCCAGAGUGGAAUCCAUUCAGCGGGUGUUAGCAGAUUUGAAAGUUCAGUUAUAUGCAAAAUUUGGGAGCAACAUAAACCUUGAAGCUGAUGAAAGUUAAACAUUUUAUAAUACUUUUUUAAUUUGUUUAAUAAACUUUUGAAUAUUGUUUAAAAUGAUAA